AUGGCUGAAUUCACUUUUAAGUGGCCAGCAGGCCCAAAAGACGUUAUAAUCACCGGUGAUUUUGAUAACUGGAAGGGCACAAUGCCCUUAGUCAAGUCACCAAAAGGGGAUUUUUCUUUAACUAUGCCCAUUGAGCAAACCUCGAAUGAUAAGUUUCACUUCAAAUUUAUUGUGGAUGGGGAAUGGAAAUUGAGCAACUCUUAUGAUAAGGAAGCAGCAGCUGACGGCAUUGAGAAUAACUACCUAGUCAUCUCCUCAUUGCCUUCCUACGGGUCAAAAAAUGUUGGAGGGGCUAAAAUUCCUGAGAUAGGCAUGGGCUUGGUCGCCCCUGAAGUCGCUGCGCCUGUGUUGGGCAACCAAGGCCCUCAGAAGGCUCAACCAGCUCCUGGCUCAAAGGGAAAGAAGGGUAAGAAGAAGAAGGUUCAAGUCAAAAGAAGAAUUAGAAAGAACAAGAAGACCGGCGAAAAGACUGUCAUCUCAGAGGAAAGAUUCGAAAUCAAGUCUGGCGCUGAGGACGAAUAUGAAACUGAGGAAACAGCUACAGCUACAGGUACCUCUAGAGAAGAGACUCCUCUUUCGUCUUCAGCUGUUCCUGAAGCCACAAACAAGGAAAACGAACCAUCAACCACGGUCAUGCCAUCGACGGAAAACAAGCAAACAACACUAGGUGAGCCUGGUGUUGUUAUUGUACCAAAUCCAACUGAAGUCAAGGAGUUCUCGGAAAUCAGAGAUGUCGAUGCAAAGGAAUUGAAUGAAAAGUUGAACAGAGAAAUCAGGGAGAAGCAGAAAAAGGGAGCCACUGAAUCGGCAGCAGCCGUUGCCACUGCAGCAGCCGUUGCCACUGCAGCAGCGGUUGCUGCCCCAGCUGCCGCCGAGGCUGAAUUACUUGAAAAACCCACUUCUGUGAAUGGUGCGCCCGCUCCGGAUGCUGUCGAGCCACUAGCUGCAAUUGAAGGUGAGCCUGCCCCAGUACCAGGUAGUAUCACAACUAAAGCGAGAAACGCUGAUUUGAAGGAGGCAGAAGCAACAGAGUCUAAAGUUGUUGCUGGCGAAAGUGAAAGUGCGCUGCCAACCGCAACAAAGGAGCCAGAAGCAUCAAGUAGUGCGGUCAUCCCUGUGAAUGAGGAGAAGGGUUUAAUUCCUGUUUCGGACGUGGAAAAAGAAAUCGUGCCUUUGGAACAAGAGCCAGAGUUACCAUCAGAUGAACCUAUCACUGGUCAAGAACCCACAUCUACUACGGAACCUGUUCCUGCCGUGGUGGAAACAGCUGCUGUUACCGAAAACAUUCCUGCUCUUAAAGAAAUACCUGCUGACGCCAAGACUGAUGAAGCAGUAGUAAAUGCUCCACUUGAACAACAGCCCGAAGAGGUAAGUGAGGAAAAACCUGCAAAAAAAGACGCCCCAAUCGUAACUGAAGAAUUCGGUCAAAUUACCUCUCCUGAACAAGAAAAGGAGCUUAUUAAAAAAACUUUGGACCCUAAGGCGCCAGGUGUUGAGGAAUUAUUAAUCGUUGAGGGUAAUUUUUCUCCAUCCCAGGUUGCUGAAAUCCAAGCCGCCAGCGAGAAGGUUGCCGAUCAAGCUAUGGCAAAUGAAAAACCGGAGACCACUUAUGCUACUGAGGAUGAGAUUGUGAAAAGCUUGGAAAAGCCUACUGAGUCAGCUCCAGAAAAUUCUUCCAAACCUCAAGAAGCUUCUCAUACCACAAAGGAGAAAACUAAAACUUCUGCGGCUAAAACCAAACCAGCAAGCACCCCUGCCUCCAAGCCAGAGGAGAAAAAGAAGAAAAAGAAGGGAUUCUUUUCCAAAUUGAAGAAGAUUUUUAACUAG